AGCGCUUUUAUGGCCAGAGAGUGAAGGUGUGGUCAUUGCCAUUCAAACAUCCCAUUUUGGAAGUUAAGUCCGUUCAGCUGUCUCUUUAGGAUACAGUACCUGCAUUGCUCCAAAUCAAGGCUGUGUUUUUUGAGUUAGAGUGUAAAAUCCUUACAAGCAUUCCCAUGUCAAUCAUGCCAACUGAAGGCUGCGCUACGCUACGUCUUUGCUCUCUUUGGAUCUAAUUCAUUUGGGGUUUCCGACUGUCCCCUUUACGCACGAAGACAUCACCAACACGGAGGUCUUUAAAUCGGCGUGAUUACUGAUAUCCAAUCUUCUCUGUCUGUCUGAUCGUGUCGGACACAUACCGCUUGUUUCGGAUGCGCAUUUCCCAUCAUUUGGUUCUUCUGCAUGGAUGAGACACGACUGGCGUUCUUCUUCUAGAACAAUUCGGGAGAAAACGCGUAAAGGGUUCGGGACACUCACAACCGCAGUCCAGUCAUGGCCAUGGUGGUGAGUGUGUGGAGAGAACCGCAGGAAGAACUGGCACCAGGGGGAUCCCUGGAUGACCAUCACCAGCAGCGCCUGAGCGCACCCUCGCACUCUCCCAACACUGGACUCUCAUCGGCGGAAGAUAAAGGACAGAACUCGGCGCAGAAACAGCAGCACAUUGAGUGUGUGGUUUGCGGAGAUAAAUCCAGCGGGAAGCACUACGGACAGUUCACCUGCGAGGGAUGCAAAAGUUUCUUCAAGCGCAGUGUGCGGCGGAAUCUAACGUACACGUGCCGUGCCAACAGAAGCUGCCCGAUGGACCAGCACCACAGAAACCAGUGCCAGUACUGCCGGCUGAAAAAAUGUCUGAAAGUGGGCAUGAGACGCGAAGCGGUUCAGCGAGGAAGAAUGCCGCCGAGCGCGCCGAACCCGGGCCAUUACGCGCUGACCAAUGGAGACCCCCUGAUUGGCCAGUGCUACCUGUCCGGAUACAUAUCUCUCCUGCUUCGGGCCGAGCCAUAUCCAACAUCCAGAUAUGGAAACCAGUGCUUGCAAUCCGGUAACAUCAUGGGCAUAGAGAACAUCUGCGAGCUGGCGGCCCGUUUGCUCUUCAGUGCGGUGGAAUGGGCCAGGAACAUCCCAUUCUUUCCUGAUCUCCAAAUCACGGAUCAGGUGUCUCUGCUUAGACUCACCUGGAGUGAGCUUUUCGUGUUGAACGCUGCGCAAUGCUCCAUGCCUCUCCACGUGGCUUCACUCCUGGCCGCCGCCGGACUUCACGCGUCCCCGAUGUCCGCGGACCGGGUCGUGGCCUUCAUGGAUCACAUCCGAUUCUUCCAGGAGCAGGUGGAGAAACUGAAGGCCCUGCAGGUGGACUCGGCCGAAUACAGCUGUGCCAAAGCUAUAGUGCUCUUCACAUCAGAUGCCUGUGGCCUUUCGGACGUACCGCACAUUGAAGGCCUUCAGGAGAAAUCUCAGUGUGCGCUAGAGGAGUAUGUGAGGAGUCAGUACCCGAACCAGCCCACUCGCUUCGGCAAGCUGCUGCUGAGACUCCCCGCGCUCCGUAUGGUCUCUUCCUCCGUCAUAGAGCAGCUUUUCUUCAUUCGACUGGUGGGUAAAACGCCCAUUGAAACGCUCAUCAGGGACAUGCUGCUAUCUGGGAGUAGUUUCAACUGGCCCUACAUGUCCAUUCAAUGAGUCCACAUGCAGAAGAAGAUGAGGAUGAGAAUGGAGACAUUUGGUGAGCAUUUAUUUAAAAACUGGACGAUGCACUCGUCUGAAAUCUUUCUCAAUGUUAGUUUAUAUAGCAAUGAAACAAACUUGAGAAACCUUUAUUCUCUCUCUUCUUUUAACAGUCAAUCAUGAUAUGUGCCAUACAUUCUAAGACUCUAAAAAUAACUUUUCAUUCAUUUCUUCAGCAGUAAUGGUCACUUUUUAUAUAUUUCAAAUCAAAUGCAAAAUGUGUUAAUUUGUUAUAUGAAUGAGGUUUUUCUUUGAUUCCAGAUAACAUAGAAACAAAAUCGCUAUUGGCGUUACACUCGAUUAAAAAUAUUACAACGAAAUUAGCAAGCGCAGACAAUGGAUUUAUCACUUAUUUAUUUGACUGUAUUUAUUUUUCUGCCUAUAAACCUCCUGUACACAAGCUGAACAAUCAACCACAGCACUUAAGGUUUUGCAUUUUUGAGGUUCGAAAAAUAAAUGUUUUUGGUGUAUUUUCUAACUUUUCUCUGUAUAAAAUGUGACACUUACCUAACAUCAAAGUAUUCUAACUUGCAGAUGAUUAUUUGUGCUGUUUGGAUGGGCGAUGAGGGGGUUGUUGAAUUUGAUGUAUGGUGCAACAUUCGAUUAAACA